UGUCUUGAAGAAUACAGAGAAUUUAGUGUGGCAGUUGUCACUGGAGGAGCAACUGGAAUAGGUCAUGCAGUGACUCAAGAAUUACUUUAUUUAGGCUGUAAUGUUGUUAUUGCAUCACGAAAAGAAGAACAGCUAAAACAAGCUGUGACAGAAUUGAAGGGGGAAAUAGAGGAAACGUCACCACCUCGACUAAUGCAUGUUCCAUGCAACAUCAGGCAAGAACUUCAGGUAAAGCAUUUAUUUGAGGAAACAUUAAAGCAGUAUGGAAAACUGGACUACUUGGUUAAUAAUGGAGGUGGACAAUUUCUUUGUCAAGCUGCUGACAUUAGUAAAAAAGGCUGGAAUGCUGUUAUAGAAACCAACCUGACUGGAAUAUUUUUAAUGUGUCAAGAAGCACAUAAACAGUGGAUGGGUGAGCAUGGUGGGGUUAUUGUUAACAUGUUAAUGGACAUGGACCGAGGUGUUCCUAUGAUGGCCCAUUCAGGAGCAGCACGUGCAGGUGUGGAAAACCUCACAAAAUCUUUUGCAGUAGAAUGGGCACAUCAUGGCAUCAGAGUUAAUGCUGUAGCACCAGGGAACUCUAUAUAUUCUGAAACAGCAGCAAAAAACUAUCCCAUAGACGUUUUUGAGAGAGUAAAACCUCAUCUUCCAGCUAAACGGCUAGGUACCCCUGAGGAGGUAUCAGCAGCCGUUUGUUUUCUUCUGUCUCCUGCAGCAUCAUAUAUAACAGGAGAAACUGUGCAUGUAGAUGGUGGGGGUCGUCUUUACAGCCCACUGUUUUGGACUGUACCAGAUCACAAAAUGCUUCAACCAUUCCACAGUAAUCAAGGUGUUGAAGAGGCUACCAAACCUAAAUCAAAACUUUAACCUUAUAUCUGCAUUAUUUUAUAUAAAAAUUGAUUUGAUUACAAAAUAGUGUCAUUGUACAAAAACAAUUAGUAAUUUUGGUUAAAAUAUGUUCCAUAUAAGUAUAGCAUAUUGUUUUCUGUAAAUAUUUAAUGGUUUUACUCCAUUGAAUCAUUUAAUGUUUGUGAAUUUUGACCUGGGUAAUGUUUUAAAUAUAAAUA